UGUAGAAGGCUAGCUAAAAUAAAUAUUAUUGGGUUUAGAUAUUAUUAGUUUUUUUUAUUGGGACGUAUAUUUGAUUUCGGAGUCAUCCAAAGUCAAGUCGUUACUCUUUCCAACCGCAUAGAAAUUAAAUAAUUAAUUUCCAUCUUAUUAUUCUCGGCAUAUUAAUAAAUACAUUGUAAAUAUUUUAUUGAUGAUCCCUGCAUGCUCAUAUCGGUCGUGAUAUGAUAUGAUAGCUAUGGAGAUAUAAUUAUUUUUUGGCUGAAAAAAGUUAUUUAUUUUGUGUGUAUAAUUAGCUCAGGAGAUUACGUCAAAGGGCUGCAAUUUGAAAGUCACAUCCCAAAAAAACUUAAUAACAGGACUUUGUGAUAAAGUUAAUAAUAAUAAUAAUAAUAAUACCCGUUUGGUCAGUAAUUAUUAUAAUUGUGAAAUUAACUUGUGAUUUAUCACCCAAUUAGACAUAAUAAUAAUUCCCCAUCACUUGGUAUUCUCUCCUUGCGGUGGUUAUUAGAAUUGGUUUUAGUGUGAAAGUGUCGAUCGGUCGGACCCGGUCUGAUCCGAAUCCACAAUCGAUCCGAAAAUUUCGGGUUUAGAUUCGGAUUGAUCCGAAUUAUUUCGGGUUUAAUAUCCGAAGUUUGAUCCAGUAUAUCUUGGAUUCGGACCGAUCCACUAAAAUAUAUUUUAAAAUGUCAAAUUUAUGUGUUUAGUGUUUAUUUUUUGAAACAAAAUAAUAAAUCGGAUUUUCGAACCAAUCUAAAACCCAUCGAACUGAGCCACAUAAAGUUCAAACCCAAUUUAGACUUGAUCCGAAAAUCCAAAAUUUUUCGGAUCAAUACUUUUAAACUCGAAAUCUGAUCUUUUUCGAGUGUGAAUUUAGAUCGCAUUUCAAACUUGAAAAUAUCCAUAUAUUAAUAUCUUUACAAUCUUAUUUUAAAAUCAGGAAUUUGAAUACAUCCCAUUUUUUCCAUAUCGAAAUUUUGGUUGUUUAUCCAUCUACGAAAUGACAAGAAUUCAAUUUUCGAUUUUGAAUUUAAAGAUCAGUAGAUGAAAAUCUAUAUCUAUAAAUAUUUAUCGUAUGAAAUGCGUCAAAAUUAGAUUCAUUUGCUCCAAUCUUCUCCAAACUGAAUAAUCUAUAAAUAUCCCAACAAAAUGACGUAUUUUAUGAAUAUCCAAACAAUACGAAUGCGACAAAUUCCAAAUCAUAAAACCGAAAAACACAGAAUGAGAAAUCCAAUAGAAAUCGUGUGUAUCCAACCCGCCGGCUCUGAUUAUACUGUUGUUACAUUUUUUUUAAAAUAUAAUUUGCUAAUAAUGCCCGUUAUUUGAAAUAUAAUAUAGAUUAUAUAUGUAAUGUACUUACAUUCUGGUAAAUACGAUGGGACCCACAGCAUUUUGGUGGGAACAAGAGAGGACAAACUAAAGAAGCUCUCUCUCUCUCUAAGAGUAAUGAAUCAUAACCCAUCAUCGUCGUCGUUGUCACCAACUUCUUCAUCAUCGUCUAUGGAAUUCCCCGAAACUAACCUUCCUUUUCCCUCGUCUUCCCCUCCAGAUCCCUAAAUUACUGGGAUCCCCCCCCCCUUUUUUUCCUUUUUUUUUUUCAUUGUUCUUAUUUGGGUUUCUCAGAAUUUCCCCUCUCGGUUUCGAAGUUGUCCGAAUUCUUCAUCUUUCUCGCUCUCGAUUGUUGUGUUACAUAUCGUUUCUCUGCUUCUUUUGGAGUCUCUCUUACAGGAACCCUAAUCUGUCGCCUAUUCCCCACCCACCGACUUCUUCCCCUUCCUGGCCCAUCCUACGUCAGCUCUAGGGUUCCUUUUUCUUUUCUUCCUUUUGGGAUUUUUGAUAUCUUUUUUCCUCUUUUCGUGAUUUAUUUAGUUUGAUCCUUUAGGUUUUGCUUGCCCGAUCUCGCUUUUGCUUCCUUCCUUAUCUAUCUCCCUCUCUUCGGAGACAGACCCUGAUAAACCCUAGAGUCUCCUGUUUCAAUUCGAUGGAUUCUGGGUUUUCCUCCUCAUGUACUUGGGCCUGAUCUGGGUUUAAUCGUUGAAAUAUGUCUAGGGUUUACUGGGUCACGUUUAGUAUCACUUAGAAUCGGUCCUUAAUCCCACAAUUCAUCUCCUUUCCUCCUUUCUUCGGAUCAAGUUUCCAUUUUUCCUCUCUCUCGCUCGGGUUCGAUCAUGGCGUAUCAGUCGGUUACGGGUUCGGGUUCGGGGUUCCAUUACCUGAAUUCCCCUUUUGGGGACACCACUUUUACCAAGGUCUUCGUGGGCGGUCUUGCUUGGGAGACACAAAGCGAAACCCUUCGCCGCCAUUUCGAACAGUACGGUGAGAUCCUCGAAGCUGUCGUCAUUACCGACAAGAACAGUGGCCGAUCCAAAGGUUACGGCUUUGUGACAUUUCGUGAUCCAGAGUCUGCAAGGAGAGCAUGCGCGGAUCCGACUCCGAUCAUAGAUGGUAGACGUGCCAAUUGCAAUCUCGCUUCCCUUGGAAGACCUCGGCCUCAUCUCCCCUUUGCAGUAAUGCCCACUUUACCUGGACGAUUAAGACCUGCUUCCCCAUAUGUGGGAGGUGUGCAGGGUCCUCGUGGUCCGUUUGUUGGAAAUUUUCAGUAUCAGCAACCACUUCCGUAUAGCUACCAGCAGGGAGUUUUGUACCCUUACGGGAUUGCAGCAUACGGUCCAGAUUACAUGUACUCACAGUCUCAGGGCAUGUAUGGUCCUUACAUGGGUCAGCAGUACCUUCAGGUCUAUGGAGUGCCUGGGACUGUUAACACGCCGGUUUAUCCUUACGGGCAGUUGAGUCAGACUGUUCCCGGUGGUCACGGUUAUACAGCAGUUCAGGGAUAUACGGUUCCCGGAAGUCAUCUUUUGCAGCUUGGUGGUUCCAGUAUCAGUGCAAUGGGCACUUCUCCUAUGCCUGCUGUUCAAUCUCCAUUUCCCCAAGGUAUGCCAGGGCCUGGACCAGCACAACCCCAUAUCAUUGUCCAGGCUCCUCAGUUUAUGCAGAGUAGCGGGUCUGACCAAACAACCGGGUGAAAAUCGAUCGACUUAUACUGAAAGACUGCAGAAAAGGAAGUUAAGGGCGAGGAACUGCUACUUGAGGUGGCGGGCUUCGUAUUUAAGCCUUGCAAAUUAUUCAUCUUGCAUUCUAGAGGUCGUAAGUAGUCUUGCUCACCGGAGAAGUCAAAAGGUCUGAGUUGCUCUCGGGAAGGCAGAAAAGGAAAAAGAAGACAACGGAAGUUUGCUGGGUUUGUGCUUCCUGUUUUCUACCCCCUCGUGUUUAUAUCUAAAACAGAAACAGAUGCUGCUCUGGCUCAGGUUGAGUCGCAGGCAGUCGUAGUGGUUAUCCGGGAAUAAGGUUUCCCGGAACAACCACAAGGAAUAAGUUGGUGUACAAAAAUGCAUAUAAUCAUACACAUGCGUACUCGUGGAUGGUAGAAUCAACGUACGAUUCUUUUGUAGUCUAAUAGUCGCACGGCUCUUCAGGCAUUCGGGUCUGUAGAAGAUGGUGUCAUCUGAGUCAAGCAUUGUAAAGUAAACGCCAUCACCUCGUAGCUGCUUCUGAUGUGCAUAUUAGUUUCUAGGGUUCUUUUUUCGUGUUGUUACAGUUUGACAAUGGAUGAAUUGUUAUGUGGAGCUUCACUCCAAAGUAUGGAGGUGGCUGCUUCUUUACAUGUUUGAUUCUCGGAUCCAGAUGAAAAGGAUUUGGUCUUGUAUCA